CAACGAGGCGGUGUUUGAAGUAGUUUUGGAGUUUUUUUUUCUUCCCUGAAGACAGGGUCUUGUGGCAAGGAGUGGGGAACUUCGACGGGGCGUUUCUCUCUGUUGAUUGUGUAUGAUUUAAAAAAUAGUGAAAGGAAUAAUUCCUGAUCAAUUUUAUUCCUGUGCGUAUUUUAAUUGUCCAUAUCUGGCAAAAAAAAUUAAUCUGCGAAAGAUUAUUGAAUGCAGUACCUCUGGAAAAUUUUUAUGGUGCAAUUUAUUCAGUGAAUGAUUAGGUAAAAGUGUUUGUGAAAUCCGAUUUGAAACUAGCAGAAAGUGCUCAAUUUUAAUGAAACCGUAAACAGUUUAAAGGAUUACUUGCAAAGUGAGGAAGGUCAUCACAACGAACAACGUAAGGUUGUUUUAUUUUUCUGGAACUGAACAUCAGGAUCAACACCACAUCCACCAAAAUGGGUUGGGGAAUCGAUCUAUGGGAUCAGUACGAGAACCUGGCGACACAUACACAGAAAGGGAUUGAUUUUUUAGAACGAUAUGGUAAUUUUAUUCGUGAUCGCAGUGCCAUCGAAGUCGAAUACGCCGGAAAGCUAAGGCGGCUCGUCAAAAGCUAUCAACCAAAAAAGAGCAAAGAAGACGAAGAAAACGAAUUCUCCUCCUUCCAAGCGUUCAAAUGUGUCCUCAAAGAAGUGGCCGACCUCGCCGGGCAGCGGGAAGUCGUUGCCGAAAACCUCCAGUUACAAGUCCUCCAGGGUAUCAGUCUAUUGGCCAAAAAUUUAAGGGACGAGCGAAAAAAGUCCCUCAACGAAGGUGCACUGCUCACACAGAACCUCAACAGUCAGAUAGCUGCCCUAGACCGGGCGAAACGAAACUACGAGAAGGCGUUUCGAGAGGCAGAAAAAUCUAUCGACAGUUACCAGAGGGCGGACGCAGACCUAAAUCUGAGUAGGGCUGAGGUGGAGAAGCAGCGAAACAACAUGAACAUCCGCUGCGGUCAGUCGGAGGAUGCAAAAAACGAAUACGCUAACCAGCUGCAGAAGACCAACAAACUGCAGCAGACGCAUUUUGAAUCGUCGUUGCCAGAGGUUUUUAACCGAUUACAAGAGUUGGACGAGAAGAGAACACGAGGACUGAAGGAAUUCAUUAAGGGUGGAGCGGACGUGGAAUCAGCGGUGGCACCCAUUAUUGCGAGGUGCCUUGAGGGCAUGGUCAAAGCAGCGGACGCCAUUAACGAGAAGGAAGACUCACUCAAAGUCAUAGAAAAGUAUCAAUCAGGCUUCCAACCUCGGGAUUUGCCGUUCGAGGAUCUCUCGAAGGCGGACUCGGACACCUCCAAUAACUCGCAGACCUACACCUCAACCAGCGGACUGAAUCACCUCACGGCAAAAGGAACGACGACGCAGAAGCUGAAAAAGCGCGUUGGAAUUUUCGGCAUCUUUGCCAGCAAUAAGAAGAUUGUUGAAGCCUGCAUUCAAGUGAAGAACAACCUCUCCACGGACGGUAUGAAGGAAGAUUUCAGUGACCUACCCCCAACGCAGAGGCGGAAAAAGUUAGCCGGUAAAGUGCAAGAACUGCAGCAAAAAGUGGCACAAGAGCAGGCCGCUAGUGAAGGACUGAUGAAGAUGAAGGGUGUCUAUGAAGCGAACUCUCUGCUUGGUGAUCCACGAUCGGUGGAAGAACAGCUAAACGAAUCGGUCAACAAAUUAGAUAAGCUAAGAAUGGAACUGCAGCGGUACCAGAAACUGCUCGACCAAGCAAAUAGCCAAACCAUCGUCCAGCACAGUCCUCAAGCGAAUCGGGUGAUACAAAACGGACAACGGUCGUCCAGACAUUCCAAUGGGAGCAACCAUCACGACCACCACAAUGAUGACCACGGCGAAGACCACCCCGACCAUGACGCUGGCAGUUUAAGCAGUAGCUCAGCCAGUCCCGAGAGUGGUCUUGGGACGUCCCACACAUCGCUACCCGGUUCCGGUCAGGGUAGCACCAACGACCAGCCUAUUAAUGACGAAAUGUAUUACGAAGCAGAAGCCCUACCGCCACUAGGCACCUGCAAAGCAUUGUAUCCCUUCGAUGCAACGAGUGAAGGAAGCAUUCCAAUGUCGGAGGGCGAGGAGCUUUUAGUGAUAGAACUCGACCAGGGUGACGGUUGGACCCGAGUGCGAAGGUUAUGUGGUCCCAAUGGAUGGGAAGAAGGAUUCGUACCGACCAGCUACAUUGAAAGUACGCUGUAUGCGUAGUGUUGAUCACAACGCAGCUUCAAUUCACAAUGAAAUGCCAACCACAGCAAAGGUAAGCGAUACAAGUAUCGAUUUUCAAAACAGUCAACCAUGCUCGUUUAUAGCCACAAAUAAUAAACAAUGUAAUAAAUGUUGACGAACAGCAAACGAUACAUAAACUCCUGUAAAUAUUUAAAUAAAUUCCUUAAAAUUAGAAUCAAAACAACUGGAAGGAUGGUAAGCUACUAUUAAUGUGAUAGUAGGGCAUGUCAUUAAGCAUUCAGAGAUAAGAACCUAACGAAAUCAAUUUAGCGUGUAAGGUUAAAAUAAAUUAUUACGUAUGUAACCGUUCUGGUAAAUGUGCAAAUCGAAUCAAUUGCCUUGUUGCUUGGUUCAGUAUGUUUCAGCUUUCUUCAAUGGAUGAGCUAACGAAAAAACGAAGUCGAAUCCAUUGCAUCGUUAACUGAGAAACUUUAUUAUUACAGUAUACUUCAACAUGCGAUAGUAGAUCAAUUUAGCUUAGUUAUAUUGACAAGCCGUCUGUUUUUAUUCAAUUGUAAUUGUAUGUGAGCCUGAGAGAAUGAAUAAGUUAGAACGAUUGUUGGUAAUGCGAACAUCAAUGCUCAAAAACUAAGAUUUAUUUUUGUUUUAAUAAUUUUGUAACAUAAUAAUGACUAAAAUUCAUUAACCAAUAUAAAAGCGUGAGAAGGAAUAGUCUACCCAUUUCUUUCGAAAUAUGUCGCUAACAUUGCCAUUAAUCAUUACAAAAAUGAGAAAACAAAAUUUAGGGAGUCAUUUAAUUUUCCUUUCUUUGAAAGAAAUAUUGCAUAAUAAAAAGCUUCACCCAUAUCUACGAAUUACAAAGUAACGAACAAAACAACAUGUCACUACACAGACAUAACUGCUAUCUACUAAACCAGAUAAAAAAUAGCACUGUGUAUAAAACAUUCAUAGGCAUCUCACUUGAAAAAUGCAGAUGAAAUUUACCUGAACCCCCAGAAUACUAUUACAAAGUAGGAGUGCAACGAUUAGAACUUCAGAAUGUUUCAAUCUUCUCGACAACCGAACCUACAAUCUAUAACAGCAUUGAAACUUCAAAUAAACUCAGAACAAAUAAUC